AUGCAUAGAAAAUUAAAAGAAUCCAAUCCCAGAGUGAAAUUAACACAUCUCAAUAAGACAAACAUUGUCGACGUUUGGGCACACAAUUUUUAAGCGGAAAUUGCAGAAAUCGCAGAUUUAAUAGAAGAAUUUAAUGUCAUAUCUUUAGACACAGAAUUUCCAGGAACAGAAUAUGAUUAACCAGAAAGUGAUGACAAGGUUACUGAUUAUGAAUAUUUGUAAUUAGUCAGAAAUGUCCAAAAAUAUAAACUUAUUCAAUUAGGAAUUAGCUUAGCAAAUGAAGCAGGAGAAGUACCUUUAGCAAAAAAUACAUGGCAAUUCCAUUUCAAAUUUAAUGCUCAAUAUGAUUAACUUAUGAGUUCUGUCAAAAAUAUGUUAGAAUAGGCGGGAAUCAAAUUUGAUGAUCUAGCAUCAAAAGGAAUCGAUUAUUCCGAAUUUUGUGAAGUUGUUACAGGCAGUGGAUUAAUUUUAAAUGAUGAAAUUAAAUAUGUAGUAUUCCAUGGUGAAUUUGAUUUUGGAUAUCUAUUGCAUCUAUUCCAUCACUCUGGUAUUCCAGACACUUAAGAUGAAUUCUAUAAGAUGAUGAAACUCUAUUUCCCAUCAAUCUAUGAUUUAAAAUACAUACUCAAAGAUAACCCUAAAUAUAAGGAUGCAGGUCUAAGCAGAUUAGCAACUAAAGUUGAAGUUACACGUAUUGGACCUGAACAUUAAGCCGGAUCUGAUGCUCUUUUAACAUUGCAAUGUUAUUAUCAAAUGAAGUUUUGCUUUCCAGAUUUGCAAAGCGAUUUCGAAAAGAACAUGAAUGUCAUUUAUGGAAUCGGCAAAGGUUAUAUUCCUAAUAAUCGUCGUAAAACUUUUGCAUCUACAACUCAAACUCCUGAUCCCACCUUGUAAGUGUCACAAAUAGAUUAGGCAUAUUAUUAUGCUCAAAACUUUUACAACGACGAACAACAAUAUUAUUAAUAUAAUUAGUAAUACAUGAAUUACACUUAUUAUAAUUAAUACCAAAUGCUAGACACUGAUUAAUAGAAGAGAAAGAGUGGUUAUUGA